CUCCGUCUUGCUUCUUCAGAAUCCGCGCUAGCUCUACGAUCAGGCUGCUGGAUGUGGAGGCCCGCCUGCUACGGUAUAUUGCAUUGAUAUUGAUCCUGCGCAGAAAAGACUAUUAAGGAUCUCAGAAGCAGCAGCUCUUGAUCAGAAGUCUUGACUGCUGAAAGAGGGGGCCAGCGCACAUUGGGGACGCCUCGCUUGCUUGAUCUUGACGAGCGCCAAUUGAAAGAAAGAUUGCAACAGUAAUUCUGCAAGACUACCCAAUCGCAAUCUGCAUCACAUCCUUUUCGCUCUGUGCGCACAAUUAAUAUUAUAGUGCAGGAGUACGUUGCCUGGUUCUUAAGCGCGGAGAAUGGCUACCAUAGAUAUCAUCACAAGAGUUGAUGCGCUGUGUAAAAAGUAUGAGAAAUAUGACGUUGAUAAGCACAAGCAGGAAGCCAUGUCCAGCAGCGACAACUACGUGCGGUUGUUCUCUCAGAUAGAGUCGGAUCUGGAGGUGGCUAUGCAGAAAGCUAAUGAUGCAUCAAUUGAGAAGAACCGGGCAAUUGUCGCGACUCUGAAUGCGGAAGUGAGGCGGCAAAAGACGGCACUGAAGGUGGAGCUGCCCAAGCUUGAAAAGCUGGCGUACAAGAAGGUGAAGGGGGUACCGAAGGAGGAGCUCGCCCAGCGGCCAGAACAAGUCAAAGCUCUGGCUGCAAAAAUAGACGCAGUGCCUGAUGGUGUGACGAUCAACAACCGCCGUGCCCAGAAGGGGCCUGGAAGCAUCAGGGAGAUCAAAAUUGACGCAAUCAAUCCAGAGGACAUCAUGUUGAACCCCGAGCAGUACCAGCAUUCAGAAGAGUCACGGGGGUUCCGGCAAGAGUUUGAGAUGAGAAAAAUGAAGCAGGAUGAGGGCCUUGACGUCAUCUCGUCAGGACUUGCAACAUUAAAGAACAUGGCGGAGGACAUCAAUGAGGAGCUUGACAGGCAAGCUCCCUUGGUGGACGAAAUCGAGACGAAGGUUGACAAAGCCAACGCGGAUCUCCGAAACACCAACAAGAGACUGAAAGAGACGGUUUUAAAGAUGCGGACAACAAGGAACUUCUGCAUCGAUAUCAUUCUGAUGUGCAUUGUUUUGGGCAUCAUCGGCUAUAUCUACAACCAAGUGCGUUGACUUGUUGAGGCUUGUAUCUACUGCGCACGUGACCUAGGUCCACCGGACACUUGCAAUCUGACGCAAAUGUAUUCUGGGUCACUCCGUAAACCGCUUGUAUCUUGAACUGUAUUCUUUGAAGCAGCCUAAGCUAUGCAAGGGACCUUUUCCGAGUUUAAAACAUACUUGCAAACACUCCCGCAAAUGGGCUCAAGUUGAGGCAAAAUGAUCGCACAAUCUGAUUGUUUAAUGGGUCAGCCAUCAGCCUGAACUUAUUAAUCGUGGCCUUCAAUUGAUGUAGCCGGCCAUUUGAUUGAGGUCGCUUCUCAGGAUAUGGGCAUCAUGCAACACAGGACCGUCAAUUUUAACAGUGCAUGACGAUGCCAAUUCAGAUCGAUAAUUGCUAAGGAUCAAUGCGCAUAUGUAAAGUGUACACCUGCAUGCAG